CACCUGAAAUUGGCCGGAACAAGUCUCGACUGUAUGUUGUUUUAGUGGGACCUUUAUUAUAUUAGCUCCUGUGUUCGACCUUCUACUUGGUGCUUCCUGUCGAGGUUUAGCAGCGUUUCCAAUUCUCAACAUGUUUUUAAUCAAGCUUUGUGCUUCACAUGGUUUGUUAUCAAGUGUGAGCAGCUGUGUGUGGCCUUUGUUCACCCGUUCACAUCGGCUCGGCCAAGCUUCGCUACUCCACACGCAAAUAGCUCAGCUCAACUCUAACAGGACGGCAGUAGUGUGUUGUGGUCGGCAGAGAUAUGAGAGGCUGUACCCAGUGAUGUUGGUCCGUACGGAUGGGUCAACAAUCAGCAUCAGAUACAAAGAACCCAGACGCAUCCUAAUGAUGCCAGUAAAUCUCUCCACCCUGUCAGAAGAGGAACGUCGAGCUCGGCAGAAGAAGAGAGAAGUGAAGAAGCCUCAAAAACAAACAGUAGUCCAGUAUGACGAUGACUUUAGAGUGGACAAAUACAGCCACUUGUGGAAGAAGAAAUGACUUUUAUACAUGGAUGAAAAGCAUAUGCAGGCAGUAUCCCUAAAAACAAGAUAUGUGUGUUGUGACUGGUGGAAUUCAGUUGAAUUCACCAACUGAAUUCCACCAGUAGUUGGGAGAGUUUUCCUCAGGUUAUCUCCACACCAGUUCAGUUUUUAAGGCUCCUAGAGAGAGACCGCUGCAGAUCUUGACAGCAUUUUAGUCUGGAAGGAAAAAACAGACAUUUCAAAACAAGAAAGCAGACAUUGUUUGACUCUUUGGGUCAUUAUGAAAAUUUUUCAUGAUUUUGUGUACCCAUCACAUGCCAGAAAACAGUCAUGACCAUGGCUACUGAUGGAUUUACUAAUAUAUCAGUGGCUAAGCUCCAUUUUGUCAUCCUAUGUCUGCAUAAAUGUGAAGGAGCCAUAUUAAAUAUAUAUAUCAAUGGUCAGUAAUCUCUGCUUUCAGGCAUGUUAGUGUGACCAGUAAAAAAAAAAGUAUGCUGCUGUUUCCAUGAUUUUUCACAAUAAAUU